GUCAACUUUAUGAAAUUCUAAAAUUUUCAGUGUUGUACUUUUGUGAUUUUAUUAUUAGAUAAUUAUAAACGGAAGUCCCGUCUUAACGGGACUUCCAGGAUUACCAACCAUGGACAAAUCGGCGAGACAUAAAGCUAAAAAUAAAACGUCAACCACUAAACCGAAGACUGUCAAGAAACGUAAAAGUGAUGGCCCAACAUGUUCAAUGUUUCUAGCAGAGCUUACGCGAAAACUAGCAUAUAAAAAGAAACAAGAGGAAAAAUCCAAAGAUAUCGUGCAGACUGUCAUUAAUAGUAUUACGAAUGCUUUACCAGUAAAAAUAUCUAGAAAAUCUCCUGAAAAGAAAGAAUCCCCAAUAAAAAUCGAAAAAUUACAAGUGUUUGCACCAGAGCUAUUACCCAAUAAUACUUUACAUAUACCAUAUCCAGAAAUAAACAUUAAAGAAGAACUCGAAGAAGAAAUAGAAGAUCGUAAACAGUCUUUCAAAAUGCCUAAAAUGCCAUUAGUUAAUAGUGACAUUAUCAAGCAGGCUGUAGAAAAGAGAAGAAAAUUAACAAUGGAAAAUGCAGCUGUAAAUACGGUAACAGAUCAUGACGUGGUAUCAGAAUUAACUAAACACGUAGGAACCCUUAGAAAAAUAUCGUUGAUAGCAGAGGAAUUUAAUCAAAAAACUGCUAGAAAUUUAAAGGAUAUUGUAGACAGCGUUCAAGAAGAUUUAUUAAGGAAACUUGAAGAAAUAGAAGCAGAAAGAAAAGCAGCAAAGAGACUAGAAAAACCAGUACAAAUUGACGAAAGAAUAGCAACGAUACAGGAGUAGAAAAAAAAAUUAACUGACAGAAAAAUACUUUGACAUUUCGCUGCUAUGACAUCUGUUUGACAAAAUGGGAUCAAUCAUUAUAAUUUUGUAAAAUAAAAUGAAAAAUUUUAAUAAAAUAAAAAAAAUUGUUUGUAAUAUUUUAGCAUCUUAAUUCCAUGUUUUUGAUUUUACACAGUAAGUAUAUCCCUAACUUAUAUCUUGAACCACAUUAUCAAUAUACUUCCCUUUCAAUGCAAGUAUCAAUUCAAAUAUAUUUAAUGUACAUGUACAAGACGAUAAUAAAUUUAUAAUGAGUUUAUUGGAAAUAAUGCAACCACUGUCGCAAUCCCUUGAUCCCAGAAAAUGUGUAAUA